CAGAGGGCACCAGCGCCCAGCCCACAGCCGUCGCCCCGCCGCCAGCGAGCCAGCUUGGGGCGGCCGAUGAGCCGCCAAUGCCUGCUCCGAGCAGGCUGAGAGCUGCUGCCGCGCCUGGCCAGGUUAAAAGCCACUAAUACGAUGGCUGCCUUGUCACCUUCGAGAGCAAUGCUGUAAGACUUCGCUGUGAUGGUAUUUGGAGCAACUUGGGCGUUAGAGGGAAGAAGUGGAUGUCAUUUCCUUUAUGCCCUUAAACCAUGUGCAGGCAAGAGGAGCCCAUGAAAUUCGUAACCUGGGUCUGGAUGACAUCGUGCAACAAAAUGAUUGGCGUGCUGCUGGUCUUUUUCCCUGCUCUGCUCAUGGAGAUGGACGUGCUGCCCAGGAGUGCCGGGAGGAAGGUGCUCCUCUCCGCAGGCUCCUCGCAGCGGUCAGUGGCUCGGAUGGACGGGGAUGUCAUUAUCGGUGCCCUCUUCUCUGUCCAUCACCAGCCCCCGGCUGAGAAAGUGCCUGAGAGGAAGUGCGGGGAAAUCCGGGAGCAAUACGGCAUCCAGAGAGUCGAAGCCAUGUUUCACACUUUGGAUAAAAUUAACGCCGACCCUGUCCUGCUACCUAACAUUACCCUGGGCAGUGAGAUCCGAGAUUCCUGCUGGCACUCCUCUGUGGCCCUGGAGCAGAGCAUCGAGUUCAUACGGGACUCCCUUAUCUCCAUCAGGGACGACAGGGACGGGGGUACGCGCUGCAUCUCCGACUCUCAGCCCCAGCCCCAGAGCAGAGUGAAAAAGCCCAUCGCAGGGGUCAUCGGCCCUGGCUCCAGCUCGGUUGCUAUCCAAGUCCAAAACCUGCUGCAGCUCUUCGACAUCCCCCAGAUCGCUUACUCCGCCACCAGCAUCGACCUGAGCGACAAAACGCUGUACAAAUACUUCCUCAGGGUGGUCCCCUCCGACACCCUGCAAGCCAGGGCCAUGCUCGACAUCGUUAAGCGAUACAACUGGACCUACGUCUCCGCCGUCCACACGGAAGGAAAUUAUGGGGAAAGUGGCAUGGAGGCCUUCAAAGAGCUGGCUGCCCAGGAGGGUCUCUGCAUUGCUCACUCUGACAAGAUCUACAGCAAUGCUGGGGAAAAGAGCUUUGAUCGCCUGCUCCGCAAGCUGCGAGAGAGGUUACCCAAGGCUCGAGUGGUGGUUUGCUUCUGCGAGGGGAUGACAGUCAGGGGGAUACUCAUCGCCAUGAGGCGCCUGGGAGUGCUUGGGGAGUUCCUGCUCAUUGGAAGUGACGGCUGGGCUGACAGAGAUGAAGUCAUUGAAGGCUACGAACCUGAAGCCAACGGAGGCAUCACUAUCAAGCUGCAGUCUCCAGAGGUGUUGUCUUUUGAUGACUACUACCUGAAGCUGCGCCUGGACACCAACACUCGCAACCCCUGGUUCCCUGAAUUCUGGCAGCACAGAUUCCAGUGCCGCAUCCCAGGGCACCCCCAGGAGAAUCCCAACUUCCAGAAGAACUGCACUGGCAAUGAAAGUCUAGAAGAAAAUUAUGUGCAGGACAGUAAAAUGGGAUUUGUUAUCAAUGCUAUAUAUGCUAUGGCUCAUGGGCUACAAAACAUGCAUCAUUCCCUUUGCCCAGGACAUGUUGGGCUGUGUGAUGCUAUGAAGCCUAUUGAUGGCAGCAAGCUCUUGGAGUUCCUCCUCAGAUCUUCCUUCGUUGGUGUUUCUGGAGAAGAAGUUUGGUUUGAUGAAAAGGGAGAUGCCCCUGGAAGGUAUGACAUCAUGAACCUGCAGUACAUAGAGCCCAACCGCUAUGACUAUGUCCUGAUUGGGACCUGGCACGAGGGUGUGCUGAACAUCGAUGACUACAGGAUUCAGAUGAACAAGAGCGGAAUGGUGCGGUCUGUGUGCAGUGAGCCCUGCUUGAAGGGACAGAUUAAGGUGAUCAGGAAAGGAGAAGUGAGUUGCUGCUGGAUUUGCACUGCCUGCAAGGAGAAUGAGUUUGUUCAGGAUGAAUUCACGUGUAAAGCCUGUGAGCUUGGAUGGUGGCCUAAUGCUGACCUGACAGGCUGUGAACCCAUCCCUGUAAAGUACCUCCAGUGGAGCAAUAUAGAGUCUAUCGUGGCUGUGGUCUUCUCCUGCCUGGGGAUCCUGGUCACCAUGUUUGUCACCCUUAUCUUUGUGCUCUACAGGGACACCCCUGUGGUCAAAUCCUCCAGCCGAGAGCUCUGCUACAUUAUCCUGGCUGGCAUAUUCCUUGGUUACGUCUGCCCUUUCACCCUCAUAGCUAAACCCACCACCACGUCCUGCUACCUCCAGCGCCUCCUGGUGGGGCUCUCCUCUGCCAUGUGCUACUCUGCCCUGGUGACCAAAACCAACCGCAUCGCUCGCAUCCUGGCGGGCAGCAAGAAGAAGAUCUGCACCCGCAAGCCGCGCUUCAUGAGCGCCUGGGCCCAGGUGGUCAUUGCCUCCAUUCUGAUCAGCGUGCAGCUGACACUGGUGAUCACGCUCAUCAUCCUGGAGCCCCCAAUGCCCAUCCUUUCCUACCCCAGCAUUAAGGAAGUUUACCUGAUCUGCAACACCAGCAACCUGGGAGUUGUUGCCCCCGUGGGCUACAACGGACUCCUCAUCAUGAGCUGCACGUACUAUGCCUUCAAGACUCGCAAUGUGCCUGCCAAUUUCAACGAGGCCAAGUACAUUGCAUUCACCAUGUACACCACUUGUAUCAUCUGGCUGGCCUUCGUGCCUAUCUAUUUUGGGAGCAACUACAAGAUCAUCACCACUUGCUUUGCAGUGAGCCUGAGUGUGACAGUGGCUCUGGGGUGCAUGUUCACUCCUAAGAUGUACAUCAUCAUAGCCAAGCCGGAGAGGAACGUCCGCAGUGCCUUCACCACCUCAGACGUGGUGCGUAUGCAUGUCGGGGAUGGGAAGGCACCCUGCAAGUCCAACACUUUCCUCAACAUAUUUCGGAGAAAGAAGCCAGGGGCUGGAAAUCCAAAUUCUAAUGGAAAGUCUGUGUCAUGGUCUGAACCAGGUGGAAGAGAAACUCCCAAAGGGGAACACACAUGGCACAGACUCUCAGUGCAUGUGAAGAACCAGGAGACAGGGUGCAAUCAGACAGCGGUGAUCAAACCCCUCACUAAAAGCCAACACAGCCAAAGCAAGAGCCUGACUUUUACUGACAUCAGCAGCAAGAAUCUGUGCAACACGGAGGAGGAGGAAGAUAGAGAGCCCAUUCACCUCAACCAGUCCAGCAGCCCCUCCAUGGUGGUGCACAGGAAGGUGAUGUCGACCCCCCCACUGCAGGCCACAGUGGAGGAGACCCAACUCUUCUUGCCUGAGCAGCCCUCCAAGACCCUGCCCCUGCAGCCACAGUCUCUCAUGGACCAGCUGCAAGGAGUGGUCAACAAGAUUGCCACUGGCAUACCCGACUUAAAUGCCAUCCUCCCUGCGCCCGGCUCGGGGAACGGUCUGCAGCCUCCCGCUCCGCAGCAGCUGCCUCUGACACCUCUGCAGGUGGCCGCCUUCAGCGAGGACCCCCUGUCUCCCCUGGCCGAGGAAGUGGAGAGCGAGAAGCUGAAGCUCAUUCAGGGAUAUGUCUAUGAGAAGAACCCAGAGGAGGAGGAGGAGGAGGCAGCAACCAGUAAACUGACUUUGGAAGACUCUCCAGCGCUGACGCCGCCGUCCCCUUUCCGGGACUCAGUGGCUUCGGGCAGCUCUGUGCCUAGCUCGCCCGUCUCGGAGUCGGUGCUCUGCACCCCCCCAGAUGUGACCUAUGCCUCUGUCAUCCUGAGGGAUUAUAAGCAAAGCUCAUCCACCCUGUAGACACUGAAAAAGACAAGGACUUGUGCAGCUACCUGCGGGGAGGCCCUGGGGAGAAAAGUCUCCAAGGGCUGGGGAGAGAGAGAAAGAGCAGAGAACAAAGCCACAUAUGACAGGGCAAAAGCUUCGUCUUGCACUUAAAUAAAUGGAAGAAAAACAAACAAAAAAAUCCAUUCUGAGGGCUCAAAAUUCUCUAGCUGUUAAAAACAAAAAACCACUGUACUUUGAGAAAAAGUAAUAGGAAACCAUAACAAAGCACAAACCUGAGAGACAACUUCUUUAGCCAAAAAAAAAACAACAAACCCUUAAUAACACAGAAAAACCACAAAGAAACCACACAUAGCUACACCCUCUCUUGGCAAUGCUUGAAAAGAACUCUGGGAAGCCUGACCUGGAGAAGUCAUUAUCACAGCUCAUAGCUGCGGUCUGUCCGCGGUGGAAGCAACACAUCCAGCAGGUGGAAGGCUACGGUGUGGUGUGAGGAGGAAGGAAGCUACUCCUAUGUGAGACAUAGAUGCAGAAACGACUUCUUUUCCUGCUGUCUAAAGGUGGCACAGCCACAUAUGUGUUUUUGGGGAGAUGAGCUGAGAGGAUGUGAAAGUGUAUGGCUCUUACUGACUUCUGUCGGAACAGUUUGUCUUCAUACUAGGCUGCUUCUGUGGGGAUCUGGGGGGGGGGGUUUAAACACUUAUUGUGAACAAAGAGCAAGAAACGUGAUCAAGUUUAAACUGGAGAGGUUUCUGAAUAAAGCCCUUGCUGUUGUAAUGUGGUCAAGGCUUAGGAAACUGCCUUUUGGUAUAAGAUUGCAAGCCACGCGGCUGAACCGUUACACGACAUUGCCUGUAGCAGAACUGUAUCUAUUGGCUACCUUCUCACAGCGCGACACCUUUGCCGUGUGACGACAUCACCCCUUCGAGCUACUCGAGACUCAGAUCCACUGGGAAACAGCUGUACACUUAGAGCAACAACUAUCACUCUGAAGAAGGGCAGUUCCGUACCGGCGGUGGCAGACUCGCUCUAGAGGCGAGAGCGCGAGCGUGCGUCUGUGUUUCUGUAUGCGUGCGUAAGGUAUGAGUGAAGUGCAACGUCCAAUUACUACCCCUGGGAGGUUGUCCUCUAUACUAUGAAUAUUUUUACGUUCCAGUCACGUUUUCUAUUGCAUCGUUACCAACAUUCAGUAGCUCUUUGGAGGUUUGUACGCUGUGCUGCCACAUCUUUUGGGUUUUCAUAUACAAGAUGAGAUGGUUGCUGCCCUUACAACAGGGCGCUUUGUUUUGCAAGUAGUUUAUGAAGUAGACAUAUGGAAUUAAUAACCAGUGCAUCAAAAACUUGUUGUUUUACAUGUUUGCAGCAAGUGUGGUUAACAAAAGAGAAAAAAAAAAAGCAUGGUUUAGGAAUGAUGUCUGUGCCACUAGAAAGGUGAGACAGGGAAAAGUAAUGAAACUAUUUUGUUGCUUCAUAUAAUUUAAAAUAAAAUCAUGCCCAGGCAGGAAAUUUCAUCAGUGCUUAAUGUGUGCAUCCAUUCACAGGGUUUGUUAUAAGUGGUUCUUCUUUUCAUCUCUUAAUGGUGUUCUGUCCAUUGUUUUCAGUUCUAUUUAAUAUAUAUUAUUUUAUCUUAGGCACCACUUCUAGGUAUUUUACCUUAGGCACCAGCUCUCGUUGUGUGGUUCAUUCCUCCUCCUCCUCCUCCUCUGUCCUUCAAGUGUUCCCUAGAGAUGGGCGUAAUCCAAGGCUCCCUAAUGACUGCUGUGUUUCAAAGUCCAGAUCUAAUGGCUGUGGUCUGAACUUAAUUAUACUUCCUAUUACCCUAUUUACAAGUAUGCAUAGUAGACAUAUAGAGGACAGGAUUUUUAGCUGCUACGAAUUGUUUCUGUGCUGUUGAGUUUAGCUGAGUGUCUGUCCCACAGCUCUGCACUUCACUUCCAAAGACGUUUGAAAGGAAUCCCUUCAUGUUAAUAUAGUUCCCAAACCUGGGUUUAACCACGCUUCUGGUGAAUAUUCUAUCAGAGUUCUUUCUGAAUUCAGUCUAUUUCCACUCUUCCUUCUUUUGACUUGAAUUUCAAGAAACCCUGCUGCCAGUCAUCAAUUCAUAGAAUCAUAGAAUCACAGAGUCAGUCAGGGUUGGAAGGGACCACAAGGAUCAUCUAGGUCCAACCCCCUGCCAUGGGCAGGGACACCCUCCCCUAGAGCAGGCUGCCCACAGCCUCAGCCAGCCUGGCCUUAAACACCUCCAGCCAUGGGGCCUCAACCACCUCCCUGGGCAACCCAGUCCAGCCUCUCACCACUCUCAUGCUCAACAACUUCCUCCUCACAUCCAGGCUGACUCUCCCCACCUCCAGCUUUGCUCCAUUCCCCCUAGUCCUGUCACUCCCUGACAGCCUAAAAACUCCCUCCCCAGCUUUUUUGGAGCCCCCUUCAGAUCCUGGAAGGCCACAAGAAGGUCACCUGGGAGCCUCCUCUGCUCCAGACUGCACAGCCCCAACUCUUUCAGUCUGUCCUCACAGCAGAGCUGCUCCAGCCCUCUGAGCAUCCUCCUGGCCCUUCUCUGGACAUCCUCCAGCAUCUCCACAUCUCUCUGAUAAUAGGGACUCCAGAACUGGAUGCAGAACUGGAUCUCUAAAGAUCCAAACGUCAUUGUUUCAUUCUCCUUAUUUAGCAGUGCUACUGAAAGGUUUGUCUGGUGCUCAUAACCAGCCUCCUUGUUCAAACCCUUUGCUCCUUUUGACAUGACCAGUGGCCAGUUGCUGUCAUUGUCUUGAUGUGGAAAGCACGAAAUGCCUUUGCCCAAAGACACAGUUCUGUCUUUGUCCAGUAGAUUGAUGUCUCUGUAAUGAACCUAGGAAACCUGAGGGUCACUUGGUUGAUUGUUGUCUGCUUUUGUCUGGUUGUUUGGUUGGCUUUUUUUGGGGAGGGAUGUUGAUGAUGGUGGUUUUUUUGUUCUGCUUUGCUUUUUCUCAUGUUGAUUAUGCAUUAAAGCAAUGAGGAUAAUGCCAGUUUUCUUUGCUGAUCACCUCACUAGCAACAAAUUCGAGCUUCUAAUCUUAGUAUAAGAUUUGCUGUGUUAUUUCCAAACCAAACACACCUUGUCAGUAGCCCAAAGCUAGUCACAGGAAGUUGGUAAUUGAGAUGGAUUGAAAAGGGUGGGAAAAAAAAGAACAGCAGGCUCACAUAGACCAUAGAAUCAUAGAAUUAACCAGGCUGGAAGAGACCUCCAAGCUCAUCUAAUCCAACCUAUCCCCCAGUCCUAGCCAGUCAACCAGUCCAUGGCACUAAGUUCCUCAUCCAGGCAUUGCUUCAACAUCCCCAGGAAUAGCAACUCCACCACCUCCCUGGGCAGCCCAUUCCAAUGCCAAUCACUCUCUCUGCCAACAACUUCCUCCUAACAUCCAGCCUAGACCUCCCCUGGCACAACUUGAGACUGUGUCCCCUUUUUCUCUUGCUGCUUGCCUGGCAGAAGAGACCAACCUCACCUGGCUACAACUUCCCUUCAUACCCAAAAGCUCUGUUGAACAUAAGACUGAAUUCUACUUCCCUAUUUAAAACUGAUUUCCACUGAACUAAAAGUUACUUCAGGCCUAGUAAUGUUCAGUGUCCCAGAAUGACUGACUGUAAUUUCUUGGUAGCUGACCAAAGUCACUUCCCUCUACCAGCCAUGUAUACAUCCUAACACAGAGAUAAGAGGCACUGUCCCUGGAGGUGCUCAUGAAAAGCCUGGAUGAGGCACUUAGUGCCAUGGUCUAGCUGACUGGCUAGGGCUGGGUGCUAGGUUGGACUGGAUGAUCUUGGAGGUCUCUUCCAACCUGGUUGAUUCUAUGACUCUAUGAAAGCUUCACUCUAACAUGAAAGUGGAGAGAAGGAAGAAGGAUGGAUGUAGGAUUUAACUUUGAAUGCCUGUAUAAGGUUCUUCUAUUACACCAACAUUCUGCAACUCUGAGGCAAUUGAUGAGACCUGCUCCUUAGAAAAAAUAGUGAGAUAACAAUGUGGCAAGUUGCUGCUGUUUUCAUAUCUGCCUGGUUUGAACAUAUUAAGCACUGAUUUUAUUAUUGCAAUGUACUUAUAUCAUGAGUAGUUUCCUUGACAUUCAGUAUCUUAGCUUUUAGUUUGCAAUUGCUAAAACUGGAAACAUGCACAUACAGAACUAUAUCUAAAGAGCAAAAACUCACCUUGUGUAUGUAGAUGUAUGAGCUGUGAGGCUUCCUGUAGAAGUUCUUUCUUUUGGCCUGUCAAAUGCUUGAUGAAAACUGCCUUUUCUUUGUCAAAAUGAUCUUGAAAAUGCUGUAAAAUAAAUAUUUUCUAUUUAUUAUUUAAAAAUAGAA